AGUUGCGUGACAUCACUUCCGGGGUCACAGUUCGUGUUGACAUCCGCAGACUCACGGCUAACUAAUGGCUGAACUCGACAUUGGGAAGCAUUGUCAGAUCGAUUCCUGUAAUCAAAAAGAUUUUCUUCCAUUUGUUUGUGAUUGCUGCAGUGGAGUUUUUUGCCUUGAUCAUAGAAGCAGAGAGGCCCAUUCAUGUCCAGAGGAGUCAGUGAAAAGGGAAUCCCGGACUGAAGGUGGCAGCACAAGCUAUCCAUGUUCAUUUCAAGACUGCAAGGGAAAAGAAUUGCUGCCAGUAAUCUGUCAGCAGUGUGAAAAACAUUUCUGUUUGGCCCAUCGUCAUCAGGAUGAUCACAAGUGUGAGAAGUUGGAGGUCCAAAAGCCUCGAAUGGCAGCCACAAAAGAGCUGGUGCAAAAGAUUGUCGAGUCAAAGGAUCUAACCAAAAGUAAAGGACGCAGAGGAGCAAAGAACAGUGCGACUGCAGCGAAGGUAGCAUUAAUGAAACUGAAGCUGCAUGCUGCAGGAGACAAGGGCCUGCCACAGACAGAAAGAACUUAUUUUCAGGUAUAUCUUCCUAAAGAAUCCAAAGACUCGAGCCAGCCCAUGUUCUUCUGUUCCAAAUGGAGUGUGGGCAAAGUGGUGGAUUAUGCAGCAUCUUUAGCUAGCCUCAAGAACAACAAUAACAUCCUGACAGCAAAGAAGCUGCGGUUGUGUCACCCUCAGACAGGUGAAGCUUUCAGGAUGGAUGACACCCUGCUCUCGCUGCUGGCCCACCCUGAAACUCCCCUGUACAAUGGGGGUAAUGUGAUUCUGGAGUACCUGGAUAACGAGUGCACAAACCUUGACGAUGUUUCUGACUACAUUACACAGACCUGACAGACCAACACCAACUACAGCCUCAGUGUUUCCUGUGUGCCAUUUGUACUCCUGUCAAUAAAAUGCUAUAUUGACAUUUCUAAA